ACUUUUCUUUUCAGAAACUAGGUAUAUAUCUGUCAAAAAAAUACAAAUUUUCGAUUGGGUUGUUAUGUUUUCCCACUGUCGUCAUUGGAAUCAUACGAAGAAUAUAUUCUGUCACGAACAGGAGAAAACGGUUCCUUUUGAUUUGAUGAUCAGCUUCUGAAAUCAAUCUACAUUUGGUGUGGUUUCUCGGAAGAACAGUUUUGAGCUUGUUGCUGUAUCUUGGACAUCACUGCCAGAGGAUUGGUAUUUGUUUUCUUCUGGCAAUUGGUGUUCUCUUGGAUUUGCCAUUUGGGGCCCCUUGCUUGAUUGUCGCAUAGAUUGUGCUGGGCAUGGCUGCAAGUGGGACUUCAUCUGUUACAGUACAUAGGAGUUCUAGAGGGUUCAGAACUGUUUUGUCUUCUGCUGUUCUUGAAUGGCUGCUGAUUUUUCUCUUAUUUGUCGAUGCGAUUUUCUCCUAUUUGGUGACCAAAUUUUCUCGGCACUGUAAAUUACAAAUCCCAUGUCUGUUAUGCUCGAGGCUUGAUCAUGUCCUAGGUGAUGAGAAGCCGGGAUUCUAUAGAAAUUUAAUAUGUGGUGCCCAUAAAUUAGAGAUCUCAUCAUUGGUUCUUUGUCAUAUUCACGAUAAGCUUGCGGAUGUCCAUGAAAUGUGCGAAGCAUGCCUCUUCUCCUUUGCUACAGAGAACAAGUCCAAUUCUGAAACAUACAGGUUGCUGGUGGGUAAAUUGGGAAUGGAUCCUGAACAUAGUGUUGAUGAGUAUCCCCUUCUCAAUGAUCCUUCUCCUGAUUCUUUUAGGACAAGGCCCUGUUCGUGUUGCAACAAUCCAUGGGCAAUGAGAUCAUCAGCCAGUAGGUAUCUCCAGACCAAAUUGAAUGCACCUGAGCUUGGAGAACUUGAUGUUCCUUCCCUGCGUCCGGCAGAAAAUGGCGAUUUUCGAUAUCAGGGUGGCAUGCAGAAGAGAAGAGAAAAACCAUCUGGGUCGCUGAGAGAUUCUAAUCAGGGUAGUCGCAGUGUUGAUCCUUUGUCUUAUAUUGGGUACACUGAGCUGAAGAUUUCAUCUGAUACUGAGUCAGAAGUCCCAUUUUCUGAUGAAGACGAUGUAAGCGCUCUGGCUUUUGAACCAGAUGAUCUCAAGGAAGAUUUAAUAUCUCAAUAUGAGCAGCUGGAGACUCAUCCAAGUAGUCCAGGGAUUUUACCUAUGAAUAUGUCAUAUGAUUUCACCCUAGAGAAGAUGAUCCAUGAAGCUUCUACAUCCGAGCAUUCAGUUUUAAUACCACCCAUGCAGCUUGAAGUAGACAAGCCCCAUGAUGUGGCAUCUUCUGCACCUGAUGUUGCUAUUGGGCAUGGAUUGGAGGAACUUAACUGGCACCAAGUUGAACAGAGAGUCAACCCUUCUGCACCAUGUGAACUUAUCUCACUAGAUGACAUUCCUGCAUCAACCUGUGCCAUGGAAGCUCCUGUUGAAGUACUAGGAGACAACUCAGAUGCUAUGGAGACUUCUAAUACCGAGCACACUUCUAUCACAGAAAGUGGGGAAGUCUGUAAACCAGGAAGUGGUGGGUUAACCAUGACAUUUGGAUUGGAUUUGAAAACAGACCAGGUUUCAAGUGAUUACAGUCCACUAUUGCCCAAUUCUCUUUCUGAUGCAUACAAGUUAGCUGUGGGUAACAAGGGAAGUCAAGCAUCUGGUCAGCUUGCAGAACAACUUAGUGGAAUGGAUAGUGCAAGAGUUAGUGAAGAUCUCAAGCUGUUUCUGUCACACCUAUCAUCUGUUCGAGGGCUUGAGUUGUCAGGGAAUGAUAUGGGUCCCAAGGUGCAUGGAAAUGGUGAUGAAUUGAAGACUUCUGAUUCUCCUAGCUCUAUUGGAGUGCAGAUACUUCAAAAGAAGAUCUCACUUGAGAGGAAUGAAUCUGGGUUUGAAUCUUUGGAUGGAAGCAUUGUCAGCGAAAUUGAAGGUGAAAAUGUGGUUGAUCGGUUGAAACGACAAGUUGAGUAUGACCGGAAAUCAAUGAGUGCUUUGUACAAGGAAUUGGAAGAAGAAAGAAAUGCUGCUGCUAUUGCUGCAAAUCAGGCACUUGCUAUGAUUACUAGACUGCAAGAGGAGAAGGCAGCACUCCAUAUGGAAGCCUUGCAGUACCUACGAAUGAUGGAAGAACAAGCAGAGUAUGAUGUAGAAGCAUUACAAAAGGCAAAUGAUCUCCUUGCUGAAAGGGAAAAAGAGAUGCAAGAUCUGGAAGCAGAGCUUGAAUUUUACAAGGAAAAAUCCUCAGAUGAAUCAAUGUUGGAGAAUGUACAGGAGGCAACAUCUGAUAUGAGGGGAGUAGACAUGAGAGUGGAUCAUUCAGAGCCAAGUGGCAUUGAAACUGAUGCCAGUAUUCCUUGUUACACUCCAGAUACUAGAGAAUCUGACAGUAGUGAUAAACCUGAAGGAACUAAUGAUAUGAGCAUUUUGAAGAAUUCAGUAUUAGACUUUGAAGAUGAAAGGUUAUAUAUAUCACAAUGUUUGAAGAAGUUGGAAAAGAGGCUGCAUCUAUUUUCUGAUAAUUGGGUUUAUGUGGACUUGUCAAAUGGUGUGUAUUCUGGGAGGGACGCAGACGAAAUUAAUGAUCUGGAAGAGAUUCAUGAAAAUGAGUUAGCUCAAGAAACUAGUGAUUUGGUGGACAAAGAUUUUUCGGUGCAAAGGGGUGCGUUGCUACCUAAAGGAAACUCUCCUGCAGAAGAAAGAUACAAUCCCCCAGUUGGGAACUCUCUUGAUGAUAAAGAAAAUGAUCAUAUUGCUUGUGAUAGGCCGGGCUCCACCAUGGAUGGUGGGGUGUCUGGUUUCGAAUCUGUGGGGAAUGAAGUUUCAGACCUGAAUGAGAGGUUAGCGGCACUUGAGGCAGACAGGAAUUUUCUUGAGCAUGCUAUUAAUUCUCUUAGGAAUGGGGACGAAGGAUUAAAAUUUAUUCGAGAGAUAGCUCAGCACCUGUGUGAAUUACGGAAACUAGGCAUAAAGAGAAGAGAGCAAGCUAUUGCUUGAGGUUUUGUCAUGGUGACCAAAAGGUAAAGAAGGAAUUCAAACUCUGGAAAACAGAAAGUCAACUAAAUUAUCGAAGACUUGCGUGAAUAGGGUGCAAGCUUUGUUGCAUUCCAAGAGCUCCCUUGCAACAUUCUGUCCAGAAUUGCAUGUACAGUAUUACCAGCUUCAUUGUUCCCAAGGACUCACAUUUUUCAUUCCUUCUCAUUUUCUUUUCUUGGCUUUUUCUUUUUUUUUUUCUUUCUCUGAUAGGCUUGUUCUUCUAUUUGAUAUGU